AUGUCUGAUUUAGGCACUAGUAAGACUACUGUGGUGGACGCAAAUACCACUGACUGUACGGGCCUUAUUAACCUCAUGUUUUGGUGUGUUCAUUUUCCCAUCCAACGACACGUUAUUGAAGCUGUCCGGGAGACGCGAAACACCAAAUGGGGCCACGCUCCAAGGCAAGAGCUCACCGACAGUGACAGAGCAGAUGCUUUAACUGCGAUCCGAGAUCUCCUCCAAGAUCCGGAGCUAAUUGCCGACGGUGAUGCGAAAACCGCCCUAAAUGAAAUAACACUAAUGGAGGCGAACUUUGAUGCGCAAAGCGUAGAAAGAAAAGUCCUUGCUGACUUUCAAGUUGCGGUUCUUGGUCAGUUGGGAGAUAUUGAAGGUGAAUUGAGAAAUGUUAAGAGGUGCUGCAAAAAGCAACAAAAUAACAGCAACAAAAUACGAAAAAAACUUCGCGGCCUAGAAAAUCGACAAAAGAAAGCGAUUGAGCUCUUACAAAGUAUUAAUGACAGGAUAGAAGACGAGGAGAGAAGAAAUAUUUCCUUUACCAGCAAAACGUGGAAAGCUAUAACAUGGACUCUCAAUAAAACUAAAAGAGGUUUUGUUGUUAACCUCUGCAGUUUGAGCACGAGGUCUCUGUUAUUUUGGACAUUUCUUAUUAUUCUGCUCGGCUGUUUUAAAUGUUUGGACCACAACUCUUAUAAUGAUGGUAAGUUUCGCCUUUAAUUACAACGUAACUGUCCCUUUUAUUGAUAGUGAUGCAACGUUAUGUGUCUAAUUACUUUAAUUUUUAUUAAAGGUAGGGUGGGGGGGGGGGGGGCGAAGAUCCGUAUACCCGUGCCAAUGUUUAGUAAUGGGAAUCCGUAUAUUUACUGAUUUGAAAAAACAAAACAAAACAAACAAUGUAGAACUUUCAUCUGCAGAGAGUUUAUGCCCAAAUGACUUUCACGUUUUGAUAAAAAAAGCUUAGUAGUAUUUAAAUGAAAUUACCGAGUAGGUGAACUUAAAUGGUUUCAUUUUGCUACGGGACAUCCGCCAAUUACAAAACAGAACAUACUGGCGAUAAGAACACUCGUAAAGGCUAAGAUUUUAUAAUGAACCUCCCUCUAAAAGAGGUUUUAAAAAGUUGGGGUGGUUAAGUUCAGUAAUGGAAAAUUUCACUGCAACCCGUUCAAAUUAUUCAAUUCACAUUCAAAUUAAUCUUCGCGCAGCCUUGAACUCUUUCGCCAUUUUCUUGUCGUGAGUUCCGCGCUCAUACCAAAUAAAAGAACUGAGCCGCCGUGCCUUCGUCUUAGGUGACGGCAAUGAUUGCAUGUUUAUUGCAAUAUACUGACACUAUGAUUUACCAUUAAAAAAAAUAUGUGAAGAUGUACCGGUAAUGUUUUGCGUAUGCUAUGUACUGUUCACUUGCAUGCAGUACACUUAUUUUUCACCAAAAAUCGCUAAUAGUAAAAGACAUUUCCCAUCACUUACGAAUGCCUCAUUUGACUAGGUUGCCCAUUGGAAGUUGGAGAUGUCCCAUUUGACACAAAAGAGUUCAAUUUUACAAGGUAUCUGAAUAAAUCUCGGGAGCACUUCACAGGGCGGCGUUGGCUUUAUAGUGAACUAGAGUCUAUUUUGUCGGACUCACGAGGCAACAUCGUGCGUGGGGUUGUGGUGAUCGGUAAGCCAGGGGUUGGAAAAUCUGCCUUAAGCGCACAACUGAUUUGUUCCCGAGCAUCCAGCCCUUACAUUCACCAGAGAAUUAUUGGUUAUCACCUUUGCAAGUACUCAGACAAAGCCACUCAAGAUCCCGGUCUCUUUGUUCGCAACUUAGUCGACUUGAUAGCUAGAAGGAUUCCUGAGUACGGAAUGCUGAUUUAUAACAGUUCGUUCAUUCCGAGAGUUCUUCAAACAAGUUGCUUGCGAGAUCCCUAUGACUGUUUUGAACAAGCUAUUGCCAUUCCAUUGAGACAGGUACAGAACGAACGUCAAUAUCACAUUAUAAUUAUAGAUGCCUUAGACGAAUGCGUCUCUGAUAGCGCUUGGUCUACUUCGUUAGUACAAUUUGUGAAGGACACUUACAAUAGACUUCCGAAAUGGGUACGUCUUGUGAUGACGUCACGUAAUGACUCCGCUGUAUUGGGUCAUUUCGACAGUUUUCCCAAGGUGCACCUGUCUUCUUCAGAUGCGAGAAACUUGCAAGACAUCGAAAUUUUUAUAGCUUCAAAGUUAUUUGAAGAUACACCAUUCCUUGAACGAGCAAAAGUUAUUUUAGGCCUCGGUAGCAGUGACGAAGUCACUUAUCUGACAAACAAGCUAUUGACUCAAAGUGAAGGAAACUUUUUAUUUGCAAAAUUAAUGCUUCAGUACGGAAAAGAUGACUGGCACAAUCAGGCUGAUCUGAACAAGCUCCCGAAAACAGUGGGUGAACAAUACGAGAGAUACUUGAGAAGAGCUUAUGGAUCGAGGGAGAAGUUUAAACCCGCACUUGCAAUAUUGGAAAUCCUAGUUGCUACCUUUGAACCUCUGAAGGCAAAUCAUAUAUUUGACGUUUUACGCAUCCAAGAAAAGAUGGACUUCGAGUACGACUUUGUUUAUGCUCUCAAAGGACUUUCGCAUUUUGUUACUUAUGGGGAGGACAAUACCAUUAUUUUUUUUCACCAGACUUUUAGAGAAUGGUUGACGAGUAAGGACAACCUUGGGAGUCCGUAUUAUGUAAGCAGGAGUCGAGGGCACAGACGUUUGGUGGAAUAUUAUAUCAAUGGCCUGAGAAACAAUUCAAAUUCCUCAAUGGACAUUUAUCGCUUAGCACAGCACAUAAGCUUUGGUGAAGAGGCCGACAACUAUCUCGAUGAAUUCAGGAAUAUCAACGCUAACUACAUUAAUGCAACCAUUGACAAUGACAAACGCACUCUUCUCCAUCUUUCUGCCUCUAAAAAUAACAGAAAGGCUCUUCGGAUACUUAGUGAAGCUUUCGAGGAGAUCGACUGUGAGGACAGCUAUGGGUUUACUCCAGCAUUUGUUGCAGCAAUGAACGGUUGGGCAGAAAACGUAGACUUUCUCUUAAGUAAGGGGGGCAAUAUAGAGCAUCGAACAAAGGCACCUCCACCACCAAGCUACGUCUGGGGUGAUCCAAUUGAAAGAUCUAAGAGAUCUUUCUGGAAUUCUACAAUGAUGCAUGCUGCGGCUUCGGGUGGUCAUAUCGAUGUUGUACGUUUGUUGCUAAGAAAUAAUGCUUCAUUUAUGGACGUAAAUGGUGUUAACUUGACAACUAUUCAACUGGCGGCACAAAAUGGACACUUCGAAGUUGUUCAGGUGUUGCACAAACACGGAGCACAGUUAGAUCACCUAUCUCUUCAGUUUGCCGCAUUUGAAGGCCAUGCAAAUAUAGUCGCGUAUUUAUUAAAGUUUGGCGUAGAAGAUAUCUGCAUGCGAUGUGAUGGUUCCUUUUACUGGCUCCAAAACCGAACGCGAUAUCAGGCGGUAAGGCUUGAUUAUUUGCGCGAUGCCGUUUUGUCUGACGACAAGUUUAAGAUUUUUUGUCAGAGUGCAUUGCACCUAGCAGUUGCUAAAAAUCAUACCAAAGUUGCACAGCUGCUCCUCUCGCAGGAGUAUAAGACAAUGCAUUGCACCGACUUUACAGGUAGAACUCCUCUCCAUGAAGCUGUUAGGCAAAACCAUGUUGAGAUGGCGGAGUUGCUUAUAAGGGGUGGAACAAAAAUUUCUCACAAAUGCAGCCGAUUCCAGAAUCUAUCUUCCGAAUGUCGAUUAAGUUUUGAAGAAAGAAAAGACUACGGUAAAGAUAUAUGCCACUGUGGUUCGACUCCUUUUCAUCUGGCUGCAAGGUAUGGCCACGUCGAAGUCGGAAGCUUGCUAUUAAGCCACGAGGCGAAGUCCGACAGUAUGGACUGCCAAGGAGCUACACCAUUACAUGUAGCUGCAUGUCAUGGACAUUUCUCAUUUAUUAGAUGGCUUAUUUCUCAAAGGCCUUCUCUUCAUAUUAACACAAGAAGUAAAAACCAGUCUACAUUGCUACACAGUGCUGCUAUUUGUAAGAACAAUCAGAGAGUGGAACCCUUGAUUGAGAUGGGAGCUAGCAUUUACGACACUGAUAAGUACGGAAUGACUCCACUUCACUACACUGUGCUAAAUGCUUUUGAACAUGCUGAAACUGUCUUUUUUCAAGCCUCCGAAUGGUUGGACGAGCCUAUUCUCGUUUUGGGGUCAAGGGGAGAUUUUACUUUUGCGCAAGAUUCAAAACCAAUUAGAAGGCAAGUGCCUUUAAAUGUACAGUGCUUAAAACUGUUAGAACUAACCGAAUCGACCCAUGCUUCCUUCAUUAACCAAGUCGAUGAAAAUGGUACAACAGCUCUACACCUUGCAGCCAAAAAUGGCGAAGAGUGUUGUGUUGUGGAGCUUUUAAACAGGGGAGUGCGCACAGACUUAACAGACAAAAAAAAUAGAACCCCGUUAGAUGUAGCCAUCGAAUUCACACCGGACGAGUUAUUUAGUGAAGACUAUAAAGAGUGUUCAAUGGGAAUUGAAGAAGAUUUCGAUUUUUCUCGGGCAUUGAAUCUGAGGUAUCAUAACUCUGUGGCUAACAUUCUGCUGUCAACAGAGGCCUAUUUGGCACAGAAAUGCGACGAAACUCAGACCAACCCGUUACACCGUGCAUUUGAGAAAGGGAAACCAUUCAUUGCUGAUAUUAUUCUUUCAAAGGGUGGUCUUCUUAGCUGUAAAGAUAAACAAGGACGAACCCCUCUUUUAAUUUACUUGCAGAAUGGAGGCAAGUGGCUUGACGUUGUCUUGAAACGCUUCAAUGUGACUAUCACAAUCGAAUGUAACAAACACUUUAAACAUUUCCGAGUUCCAUUUGGUAGCCUUCAGGAAAGCGACAGCGUUAUCAGAAAACCUUUUGGAGCAACAGAAGUGUGA